AUGUCUUCACCGGGGAACGAAGCGCGUCUAGUUGAAGGAGACCGGGAUGAAAUGUUGUUUUGUUUAGGCCGGAUCCCGGCUUGUAUAGAUGUGCGAGCAGUUACGCGUUUUGAAGAGGGACAACUAGCCACGGCAUCUGCUUCAUCAACGGUGUCGGCUGCAUUCGGUGGUAGUGUUGCUCUUGUGACACGGCCAACCGGAACAGAGCAACGCAACGAUGGACAACAGCCGAGUACGGCUGCAAGUCCAACGGUGCAAGCGACUGCUGGUGGUUGUGAUACGGUUGUGACACUGCCGUUUGAAAUCGUCCGACGCCUUGGUGAGCAGCAACCGACUUCAGUAGCAUAUUCGCCGUUGCAAGUAGCUGCUGGUGGUGGUGUUACUGUUGUGACACUGCCGUCCGGAACUGUUCGACGCAUUGGGGACCAGCAGCCGAGUUCAGUUGUCUAUUCGCCGAUGCAAGCGGUUUCUGGUGGUGGCGUUGCUACUGUGACACGUCCACCCGGUAUCGCUCGACGCAACGACGGACUUCAGCCGAGUUCAGCUGCACGUUCAACGGUGCAAGCGGCUGCUGGUGGUCGUGUUGCUACUGUGAUGCGGCCGCCCGGUACCGUUCGACGCAUCGACGGACAACAGCCGAGUUCAGCUGCACGUUCAACGGUGCAAGCGGCUUCUGGUGGUGGCGUUGCUGUUGGGGCACGGCCGCCCGGAAUCGCUCGACACAUCGGUGAUCUGCAGCCGAGUUCAGCUGCCUAUUCGUCGUUGCAAGCGGCUGCCGGUGGAAGUGUUGUUGUUGGUGCACGGCCGCCCGGUACCGUUCGACGCAUCGACGGACAACAGCCGAGUUCAGCUGCACGUUCAACGGUGCAAGCGGCUUCUGGUGGUGGCGUUGCUGUUGGGGCACGGCCGCCCGGAAUCGCUCGACACAUCGGUGAUCUGCAGCCGAGUUCAGCUGCCUAUUCGUCGUUGCAAGCGGCUGCCGGUGGAAGUGUUGUUGUUGGUGCACGGCCGCCCGGUACCGUUCGACGCAUCGACGGACAACAGCCGAGUUCAGCUGCACGUUCAACGGUGCAAGCGGUUUCUGGUGGUGGUGUUGCUAGUGUGACACAGCCACCCGGUAUCGCUCGGCGCAACGACGGACUACAGCCGAACUCAGCUAGAUGUUCAACGGUGCAAGCGGCUUCCGGUGGUGGUGUUGCUGUUGUGACACGGCCACACGGUACCGUUCGACUCAUCGAAGGACAACAGCCGAGUUCAGCUGUCCAUUCGUCGUUGCAAGCGGCUUCCGGUGGUGGAGUUGCUAGUGUGACACGGCCACCCGGUAUCGCUCGACGCAACGACGGACAACAGCCGAGUUCGGCUGCACGUUCAACGGUGCAAGCGGCUGCUGGUGGUCGUGUUGCUGUUGCGGCUCGAUCGCCCGGAAUCGCUCGGCGCAUCGGGGAGCUGCAGCCGAGCUCAACUGCCCAUUCGUCGUUGCAAGCGGCGGCUUCCGGUGGUGAUGAUGCAGUUGUGGCACAGCUGCUCGACUCACUCGUGUCAGAUGAUAUGAGUGUUGAUGCGGCUGAUUCACAAUUGCAAAACACAUCGGCUUGUUUUAACGAGAACGAGCCGACGGUGUCUGCUGCACAACCAGAACCGACUGGUAUUGUCGGACGACAGCAACCGUUGGCUUCAGCUGUGCUUUUGCGUGACACAGUUGCAGGGAGUUUGGAUUCCCCAAUUAUGUUUUAUCGAACGUGA